GGGGCGAAGCUUUGAACUUUCACAGCGUCUAACCAUCACUGAAAAUCUAGCAGCCAUGUCCUUCCUUAACAACAUUAUGAAGAAUAUGGACAAGGUCCCCUUAGACAAAAUCCAGGGGAUAGUCAAGGAAAAGUUCAAUGUGGACUUGCCCCUUGGUAAUCAGCAGCAGCAGCAGCAGCAGCAGGCGAGUAGUAGCUACGGACAAAACCAAGGGGGUUACCCGCCGCAGCAGGGUGGAUAUGGUGCUCCACAGCAAAAUUACGCUGGUGGAUAUGGUUCUCCACAACAAGGUAACCCCGGUGGAUAUGGUGCUCCCCAACCGAGUGGGUAUCCCCAACAGGCUGGAUACGGACAGCCUGGAGGUUAUUCGGCGCAACAGUCGGGCGGCUACUCUGGCGGACAACCCCCCAGCUACGGGCCUGUUCAGGGAGAGGAGGCUGGUAUUUCGGGAGCUCCUACCAUUGGGUAUCAUCAUGUACCUCAAGGGCAACCUGGUCAUAUUCAGCAGCAGCCUUUGCAAGUUGCAGCAGGUACCCCUCAAGCACAACAAUGGGGUACACAGACGACUGGUGGGAAGCGGCGGGCGCUUUUUAUCGGUAUCAACUACUUUGGACAGAAAGGGGAGCUCAAAGGAUGCAUCAAUGAUGUUCAGAACGUCCACAAGUGGUUGACGAGUAACUAUCCUUUUGCGGAGAUUCUCGUGCUGACGGACGAUCAGCAAGAUCCAUCUCGAAAACCCACACGUGCCAACCUGCUCAAUGCUUGUCGUUGGCUUGUAGAGGGCGUUCAGCCUGGCGACGCUUUCUUUAUACACUAUAGCGGUCAUGGAUCUCAGCAAAAGGAUACGAGUGGGUUAGAGAAGGACGGCUUUGCGGAAACUAUAGUCCCUGUUGAUUACGAGGCAGCUGGACAGAUUACGGACGAUGAAUUGCACGACAUUCUUGUGCGCCCGCUUCCAAAGGGGUCCCGUCUGACGGCUAUCUUCGAUUGUUGUCACAGCGGAUCGAUCCUGGAUCUCCCCUUUACCUACACCGUCGAUGGUUCCUUGGAAGUCAUUGUUCGUGACAACCGAAACGAAGCCAUCAAAGCUGGUAUAAAGGCGGGCCUGGCCUUUUUCAAAAAGGAUAAUGCCACCGCUCUUAGAGAGGCGAAGCAAGUCUUCUCUCUCCUGACCCAAAAGCCGGAUGAUCCGGCGCAACAUGAGCAAAACGUCAAGCAAUAUGGAUCUGAUGCCUUAGUCGUGCAAUUUUCUGGGUGUCGAGAUGAUCAAACCAGCGCGGAUGCAAGCAUCGGUGGCGAAGCGACGGGAGCAAUGAGCUGGGCACUGUUGAAAACUUUGAAUGCACACCAGCAUCAUAUGACCUAUACCGAAGUCCUUCGCGACACCAGACAACUGCUGCAAGGCCAGUACAAACAAAUCCCUCAAAUGUCCACGGGUCACCAAAUGGAUGUCAGCAGUAUGAUGUUCUCCGUCAUUUAAGCGUCAUGCAUUGCCGAUUGUGGCCAUUAGUUGAUAUAUGUAUAAAACCAUAUUUUUUGUACUUCUGCAUAUCUUGGGCGUUACCGCAAAAUUAAAGAGGACAUAAUGCACA